CUUGUUCAAAUUUAUCGAUUUAUUUUCAAACCAAUUAUGAAGUAUCGAAUUAAUAAAUACGUUUUACCGCACGAAUAUCGUGUGAAUUGUACACAAGUAAAUCCACGAACCAUGUUCGAAACGCGUCCGAACGAACCCGACAAUCCUUUCAGGACCAUGGGCUUCGUCGUCGACAAGAUCUCCGAGGACUCCUUCUACGAGAACCUGCUGCUCGGGCUGCCCAAGGCGCUCGAGCGCUCCCCCUACGUGGCCAACCUGCAACUGCGCCGCGCGCCGGGCCUGCGCCCGCCCGACAUCCGCCACUGGGAGCAAACCAACGGCGCCAACCUGCCCGACGGCCUGCGCGCCUUCUACAACUCCACCAACGGCUUCCUCUACACCUACGAGUUCUCCUAUCCCGACGAGCAGGGGCCCGUGCGAACGGGAAAAAUCGAGGUGAAUCCCUUGAACGAGCUGGUGCGAAUCUACGGCUACGAGACGAAGAGCGCCGCCUCGAUCGAACGCAACGGCGAUAAGCGCAAGCUCAAUCUCUCCAAAGAGAGCAAAGUGUUCGAAUUGAGUACUGUAGACGAUAACGCUAAAGUGGCACUCGUGUACGCGCACCACUACGAACCACCCACUAUAUGGCUGUACACCAACAAGAACAUGACCUUCCACUACAUCACCCACGAUUUCGCGGUGUACUUGCGCAUGUGCCUGGCGCAUUUGGGAGCGCCCUGUUGGCAGUACGUGGCCUCGAAGGAGGGAUUGCCCGAAUGGGCGCGGGAGAUUUUCACGUUGCUGGCGCCCGGGGUGCUCGAAGAGGAGAGGAACCUCGUGGAGAUGCCGGCGUUCGACGUGGAAACCAACAGGAUCGAUCCCGCCAUAUUUUUGAACAGCUCGCCGAGUUCCACGACGCUCUUUCACACUCUGCAACAGUCUAAAUCCAAAGAGAAGAAGAUUAGAACCGUGGCGAAGAAGAUAUCUAAUAGUAGAGUUAAUAAAAAUGUUAAAUAG